AUGGAGUGGACGACACCAUAUAGAAUUGUGCUAGGAGUUGGUCGUGGUCUAGAGUACUUGCACCAUGGAUGCAAGACAAAGAUUCUAUAUUUUGACAUUAAACCACAAAAUGUACUCUUAGAUGACAUUUUUUCUCCCAAAGUUUUGGACUUUGGCCUCGCUAAGCUCUGUGAGAAGAAAGAGAGCAUCCUGUCAUUGCUGGACACAAGAGGUACAAUAGGGUACAUUUCACCAGAGAUGAUCUCUAGAGUUAUGGGAAUGGAUCUUGAAUUAGGAAAGUCAAGAAGACUUAUGGAGAAGGGAAUCAGCAACGAAGACGAUGAUCUAGCAAAGAAGAUGACAUUGGUGGGUUUGUGGUGUAUUCAGCCUUUCCCACCAGAUCGCCCACCAAUGAACAAAGUUGUAGAGAUGAUGGAAUGA